AUGACUGCCUACUUCCAAUUUGGUUACUGCCUGCCCCCCGGGUGGAUGCCAAUAUGGUCUACUAUGAGUUACGCGGGCCUAGCCGAAGCUAGAAGUACUCGAGAUUGCUCAGUUUUGUUCAGCAAAUAUACGGAUACGGAUAUCGACCUUCCACAUCCUACUGUACUAGGCACAAAUAGCAUCCAGGAGCGGGGAAUCUAUACCAGAAACUUACGGCUCGCACGAGGGCAGCAAAGCGUCGAAUCAAAUGGCGUCACCAUAGAGUCAUGCACCGCAACUCCAAGGUUUAGAGUGUUAAAGGACCUUGGCACUAUGAAAGUUCGCCCCAUCAAGGUUCUUUCCGCGCUCCACAAUACUUAA